UUUAUAUACGAAAAACACGUCGCUCCGUUGCCUUGUGCAGCAUUAGGGUUUUUGGAAACGGCAACCCCCCGAAGAGUUGAAGCGCAGUCAUAAAAAUCUGAACAGCACUCUCUCGUGUAUUUCCGAACAUCAUGGCGACUCAGAUGAGCAAGAAGCGAAAGUUCGUUGCGGAUGGUGUAUUCUUCGCGGAACUGAAUGAGGUUCUGACCAGAGAGCUUGCUGAGGAUGGUUACUCAGGCGUCGAGGUUAGGGUCACUCCCAUGCGCACUGAGAUCAUCAUCAGAGCCACUCGUACUCAGAAUGUUCUUGGCGAGAAAGGUAGAAGAAUUAGGGAAUUGACUUCCGUUGUUCAGAAACGGUUCAAGUUUCCAGAGAACAGCGUGGAGCUGUAUGCUGAGAAAGUUAACAAUAGAGGUCUCUGUGCCAUUGCUCAGGCAGAAUCACUCCGUUACAAGCUCCUUGGAGGCCUUGCCGUUAGAAGGGCUUGCUAUGGUGUUCUGAGAUUUGUGAUGGAAAGCGGAGCAAAGGGAUGUGAGGUUAUUGUGAGUGGAAAGCUGAGGGCACAACGUGCAAAGUCGAUGAAGUUCAAGGAUGGAUACAUGAUAUCCUCUGGUCAACCUGUCAAGGAAUAUAUUGACUCAGCUGUGAGGCAUGUUCUGCUUAGACAGGGUGUACUUGGUAUCAAGGUCAAGAUUAUGCUUGACUGGGAUCCCAAGGGCAAGCAAGGGCCAACGACUCCAUUGCCUGAUUUGGUUACUAUCCAUCCUCCGAAGGAAGAAGAAGAAUAUAUUCCAUCGGUGCAGACAACCAGCGUUGAGAUACCUGUAGCUUAAGAUCAAGAAGUGUUAUUUUUGGUUUUCUUUUUUUCCCGGCGAUGUUUCAGUAUUUUUCCCAGUGAAGUUUCCUGUAUUACCUACCGCAGUGUAAUAGCUUUUUGUUAAAAUCGUAUCUUCCGGGUAGGAGAGUACUUAUACAGUUUGAUUUAUUUUCUUGUUCUAGUACACAUAUCUAUCAGAUUUUCCAUAUAGUUUUUUAAAACGUUCCUUCUUGUUUACGGUCCUUAUUUAUUCUGUUUAUUUUCGUGGGGUGAUAAUUGUUAUAUACUGUUGAAAUAUGUUUCAGAGUUAGCUUUUAAUAAAUGGUAAUUCGAAAUGAA